UCGAACGGUGCGCGUCUGCGACGGAGGAGAGUGAGACAGAGAAAAAGAAAGGUAAAAAGGAGACGAGACAGGUCGAAAGAUGUGACAACAGUCACGAGCACGUUAGUAACGCGAUGAUCGACGUCUGCGAUGCAACGUGAUUGCAACGGCAGAGUCUGCCGAUUGCACGUCGCGCCGAAGGAGAAGCCGAGGAGGCUGUCGCGCGGAGAAGAGGAUUGCCGAUAAAAAGGUGGGAGAAGGUCAGGUUUUUGGAUAGGAAGUAGGAGGGAGGGUUGACGUUGAGCAGCGAGAUCUCCAAUAAGUAGAAAGGGCAUGUGAUGACCGCGGGUAGAUACCAAAGAAUUGGACGUGUACGUGGACGAAGUGACGAUGACUCAUUUGCAAAAUGAAAAGUGCGCCGGUUUCAGUUACUAGAUAAGUAAUUGGCCAGUGGUACCGCCGGUGGUGUACAAUUCAGAGCGUGCAGUGCUUCCGGUACGCUACCUCAUAUUUCUGGUCAUAUACAAGUAAAAAAAAAAAGCCGAGUCAAAUAUAAAAUAUACAAAUUAAAUUAAACGUAGUUAAUCUCUCAAAAGUGCUAUCGAAGAUGCAUUGGGGAUCGACGUUGUUCCUGCUAUGUCUCUUGAUAACGUUAUCACACUCGAGCCUGUUCAGUGUCGAGAAACUUAAAUUAUUUGCGAAGAUCCUGAAGCUUGAUACGUUGCAUAUCAACGAGACGGAAAACGAGCUCUGGCACGGACUCUUCAGGGAUUGCGAUAAGAGAGUGACGUUUUCCUGCAUACAAAAGAACGCGUACACCUAUCUUGAUAAUACAUUCAUCGAGAGAGAUAAUAUCACCAUUUUCGACGGUCUAUUACUCACGAGAAAUAAUGUUACUUACGAUACGUGUCCUAAAACGGAAAAUUCCAAUAACGUUCGUGAGAAUCUCGUGGAUGACGUCGACGCGAAUGGCUGCCAUCGAGAAACGGACGAAGAAGCGAAGGAGCAAAAUCGGAAGUUUGAGGAUGAACCGGUAUCACCACUCCAAGAAAUCACGAACGCUUUACGACAGAAGACAAUGAAAUUUUUAUCGACGCGAAAUUACCAAAUUCAACUUCCGCAGUUUUUUUUCGAGGGCACAACUGUGAAGAUAAGCCCACGCGAGAUAGACGAGACCGGAGCUCUUCUCAGAGUAGAUUUUGGAAAUCAAGAAGUUGGACAACAAGAGGGACGAAUCUUCUUUAAAAAAAUCAAAAAGUUCGUACAGAAUAAAUUGUUAACCAGCUUUUUGGCGCUUCUCUUAAUUAUCAAGCUGAUUAAAGUGAAGUUCCUGUUUAUCAUUCCGUUUCUCUUCGGAGUGGGAGCUGCGAAGAAACUUUUCCUGAAACUGCUGCUGUUCUUCAUUCCUGCGUUCGCGCAUAUUUUCAAGCUCUGCUCCAGCUACUAUGCGUCUCACUCUACCAAGUUUCAUCAUCAUCAUCAUCAAGUAGCGCAUCAUCAUCAUCAUGUGCCGGUUCCGGUAGCCGUUCCAUCUUAUUACCAUCGCGAUGACUUCAACGGUUACGAUUACACCCACCCUCAUGUUCAGUAUCGGAAAGAUAUGGAAGAGUUGAAAGAAUGGGGCAUCGAACCUUACGACGAGCCCUACGAAGCCGGUCAGUCCUACGAGGCCAGUCAACAGUUGAAUCGCGUAGUUCCAGCUCCAAGUCCAGUUUCCGGUCUCUCGUAUUCAGGUCCGUUGCCGCAAAAUAUGCCAAACGUAGAACCGAUUGCAUCAUCUUAUUUAGAUAAUUCAAUGACAGCUGGCGCGCACAACUUGGCCUACUCCGGAUAUCUGAACGACAUUAAAUACAAUCGGCGACCCGCGGCGCAGCCGACUGCUACUGUACUUUCGAUAAAUCCCGCAAAUCUCGUAUCCGGUACAAAGACAUCGGCGAAGAAUCCUUACACCGUGUUCGCGCCAAAUGUACGACUAACUCAUCAGAGGCUCUUGACGCCUAUUGCAACCGCCAAGAGCUCGUCGAUUUCGCAGCAAGAAACGGAUGAUGAGUAUUACGGACCGAUAAUGUCACGACUGGACGACAUCUUCGGACAACUGAGAUUCUACGAAGAGACUUGCAGGGAGAUGCUCGUCUGUAGUAUGUACAAGAACCCGGCUGGCUACUCGCCGCACAGUAAUCUUGUGUCAAACGAGCUUUCCAGAGAUCCACAGGAACUGAAGAACAGCGUAACAGAGAGCGUGUACAGUGAAAGAUUUUACAGAUACGUGAAUGCAGCCAGGCACGGUCAAGAUGGUGAAGAUUGCCUCAGUACAUAUCCUUGUAACAAUACCGAAUAAAUACUUCGUUUAUAAACGUAGAAUUUAUAUCGGACCGUAUUAAAGCGAUUAGAAUACGACAGCUGUUAUCUGUUACAUCUAGCAAAUGUUAUUAGACAUACAUAUUUGCUCAAUAAGCUCGUAGAACCUGCAGAUAGAUCAAUAUUGUAAAGUUGCGUAAUGUAAUAUCGAUAUAAAAGUAGUAGAUCAACGGUACUGCCAUGCAUUAAUUUAUAAAUAUAUAAUUUAUAAAACGUGCGCGAGAACUAAUGUCCAAUUUUCCUAUUAGAAAUGAAAUUGGAAUUGUUCCGCAGAUAAAUGCGCUCGUAGAAGUUUUAAUGAUUAAUUUAGUUAAGAAAGUGAUCGACACGCGUUAAAUGUAAUAUUUAUUAUUUAUUCUAAUUUUUUUAAUUUAAGCGACCAAUUUAGUAAGGAGUUAAUAAUCAGUGGAUUUUGUGAUGAUGUGUCAAAGUUUCUGAAGGCUAUUGACACGUUGUCAGCAAAACCCGCUCUCCAGGGGUAACAUCAUUAUUAUAUAAUCAUAUAAUAAGAUUGAUACGACAUUGGAUUUUGUGGCAUUUUAUGGGUUAUAAAUGUGCUUUAUGAUUUCUUACUUUUGGUAACUUUUAGUGUAAUUAAAAAUUAUGGAUUUCAAAAUAUAGGGAAUUUUAUUAAUUCGAUUAUGCUUUGAGAAUAGAAUUUGAUAAAGAAAAAGAACAUUUUUUUCUCUUACACAAUAUAUAUUUUU